GUAACCCGGAUGUAGAGGCGGAAUGUGGCUCCUUCUUGGGUAAACGGCUGGUAUUAAGGUGAGUUUGUAAACAAGUGGUCAUUCCGCCUAAGUUGGGGCCUAUUCGCAGGAGCCGCUUCAUGGUGAAGGGGGGUGGCUUCAGUUGUAAGAGACUGGACCUGCUGUGCUUUUCCAUCUUUUCCAGACGCCUGUCGGGAGUGUAGUUGUGCCCCAAACCAGUGAAAGCGGCUCAGGGAUAACUUUUCCGACAGCCUUUGAAAAAUCAUAAGUGAAAGUCGUCUGGUACAGCUGGAAGAGGAAGAACUUAUGUUUGAAAAAGAUUUACCAAUACUGGGGAAGAAACCUGAUCUUCCUAGCACGGUGAUCUGCAUAUGGGACUGGAUCUGCCUGUCCUGGAGGGAUAGGGGCUAGAAAUUCUGGACAGCAGGCUGGAUCUUGGGCCUUCUGCAGCAGAAUCCCAAGUUUUAUCACUACUGCAACAGUGGACAUUAUUCAUGUAUUUAGUUAGAAAGAGAGAAAAAGAAGGGGAAGACUAAUUUAUCUUUUUAUUGAUCUGGUUUGUGGGAACCCGUUUAGCCUUCAAGCUGGCGAUGUCUAGGGUUCCCAGUCCGCCUCCACCGGCAGAAAUGUCGAGUGGACCCGUGGCAGAGAGCUGGUGCUACACUCAGAUUAAAGUGGUAAAAUUUUCUUACAUGUGGACGAUUAACAACUUCAGUUUCUGCAGAGAAGAAAUGGGAGAAGUCAUCAAAAGUUCUACCUUCUCAUCUGGAGCAAACGAUAAACUUAAAUGGUGUCUUCGAGUGAACCCCAAGGGUUUGGAUGAAGAAAGUAAAGAUUACUUGUCUCUCUAUCUCUUACUUGUCAGCUGUCCAAAAAGUGAAGUCAGGGCGAAGUUUAAAUUUUCUAUUCUGAAUGCAAAGGGUGAAGAAACUAAAGCAAUGGAAAGCCAGAGGGCAUACCGGUUUGUGCAGGGUAAAGACUGGGGAUUUAAGAAAUUUAUUCGAAGGGACUUCCUGUUAGACGAGGCCAAUGGGCUGCUACCAGACGACAAACUCACCCUCUUCUGUGAGGUGAGUGUAGUCCAAGACUCUGUAAACAUCUCUGGUCAAAAUACCAUGAAUAUGGUAAAGGUACCAGAAUGUCGACUGGCUGAUGAACUUGGGGGAUUAUGGGAGAAUUCACGGUUUACAGAUUGUUCUCUUUGUGUGGCUGGCCAAGAAUUUCAAGCACAUAAAGCUAUUCUAGCAGCCCGUUCUCCUGUCUUUAGUGCCAUGUUUGAGCAUGAAAUGGAAGAAAGCAAAAAGAACCGAGUUGAAAUCAAUGAUGUGGAACCUGAAGUUUUCAAAGAGAUGAUGUGCUUUAUUUACACAGGAAAGGCUCCAAACCUGGAUAAAAUGGCAGAUGAUUUGCUAGCAGCUGCUGAUAAGUAUGCUUUGGAGCGUUUAAAAGUGAUGUGUGAAGAUGCACUUUGCAGUAACCUGUCUGUGGAAAAUGCAGCGGAAAUAUUAAUUUUGGCAGAUCUUCACAGUGCAGAUCAGUUGAAGGCUCAAGCUGUGGAUUUCAUCAACUACCAUGCAUCUGAUGUCAUGGAAACCUCUGGUUGGAAGUCUAUGGUGAUCUCCCAUCCCCACUUGGUGGCAGAAGCUUACCGUUCAUUGGCAUCAGCACAGUGUCCUUUUUUAGGACCUCCACGUAAGAGACUGAAACAGUCCUAGGCUUUGUUCCCAUCCUGAUCCUGGAAUACUAUGUGUUUGAUGUGACAGCAGCACCAACCUUAACCACACAUUGCAGAGAGUAACGUACCCAGCUUACCAUUGCAGCUUUAAUAAUGGGUGGGGUAGGAUAAAGACUGUGUGCCAUGAAUUCCAAACUUAAAUAGCACCAAUUAACUUUAUGGGGGGAGGGGAAGGGCAGAAGGAAGAUAAACACAGUUUUGCUGCAUUAACUUUGUGCUCCCUUGGGUUGACCCUCAUGGAUUCUGCAGUAGCAAGAUCAACUCUGGAAAAGGUUGACCAAAGUAAAAACAAAUAAAUAAAAUAAUAAAAUACAAUGUUGGAGAGAAUGAACAGUAGUGUGGAGAAAGUUACGGAACUUUUAGCUCAACCUACAGCUUCUGACAGCACAAAACGUUUAAAAUCAGAGGCAAAAAGUGGGAAUUCUCCAGCUGGGACUCAAUUGAAGGGCUGGAAACCACCGCUGGAUGCCAGUAAUAUUUAUAAAUGAAACUGUAUUGUCCUAAGUACAAAAACAAAAAAGCCACAAAUCUGCCCUCGUGUUUAUAGUACAAUGAGGAAUCGGAUCUGGAGCAGUCUCUCUCUGAUAAGCACUUGUGUCAUACAUGCAAAAAAUUCUUUAUAAAGUUGAAAAAUACAAACUUAAAUUCAGAAGAUGGGAAAUGGAAUUGAGUGGGCUGGGUUGGGGUGGGGAAAAUGUUGUUAGUAGAAUUCACUGUGGACACAACUCCAUGUUUGAAUAUCUCUUCUGUGGCUUAUGGAUCCCACACAAAUCUUGACAUAAAACUCCUUUUUAGACUUAAAAAAUGACUCUAGGAAAUGGAUUUCCAGACUUCGCCAAGCUUGUCUGAUUUUUGUUUGUUUUAAAGAAAACAUGGGAAAUGCAAAUUAGCAUUUUAUUGUGAUAUGAUUUGUAAAAUUUAUUUUAACUUAAAAAGCAGGUGUUUUAUUGUUCUGAAAUGCUCAGAGGUCCUGUUUUUGAGUUGCUGUAUGACUGUUCUCAGCUCUUUCUAUCCUGGCAGUUAUCUUGCAAAAGAGCUCGACCCAAACCCAGGAACUAAACCAUUUCUGUACAUUAGUUGCUGUUCAGAAGUGGGGAACAUUCGGAAUAUUUUUUUUUUUUUUUGAGAUAUAAAUUACAAAUAUUUUGUAUUGCA